GUAAUAUUUUGGAGGAGUUGUUUUCUGGAGUUGUCGAGCCAGUCAGACGGGUUUUGAGUGGGGAGAAAGAGCCAGGAUCGGGCGGAAGGGAGGCAGCUAGUGAGCCGGGCUGAGCCAAGCCUUUCUGGACUGGAGCUGUCCAGAGGAAUCGGAGGACCGGUGGGACCUUGUCCAUUACACAUCAAAGCUGAUCGGAUUGAAGGCAAGGGGUAUCCUGCAACUACCACACCAGAUCUUCAAUCCAAGGCAGGGCACCGAAGCUUUCACUAAGAACCAAGAAUCCCUUCCGGGACCUGCAUGCUCCUACAAGCUCUGUACUGCUGUCUCCUUGUCUACUGCUGAGGCUUUUCACCCACCCUUUGUUUAAGAGUCUUCUCCAUACCCUUCCUGGUUUGUGCAAAAGGAAUAAGAGCUGCUCUGGAAAAGGGACAUUUCUGUGCUGAAGCAAAAAAAAGAGAUAGCUAGGGUUAAUUAUAGCUGAGGAGUGAAUAGGAGAUUCUUAGAUCCUGCUGGCUUUUGAGACUAAUUUUAUUUGCUGAAAAAAGGAAGCUGUUUUGGGGGUUGUGGUUCUUGUGGUUGGAGCCCAUCGGGCUAUGGAUCAGGUUCAGAGGACAGGAGAUCCGGGCCCCUCGGAUACAGACAUGAAAAGCAAAGAUCUGGAGAGCACAGGCAGUCUUUCCAUUCCCAACAGCAAGAGGAAGACGUCAGACAUGCCCAUGGCAUAUCCAGGAUAUUCCCAGGAUUCUCAGGAUCGCCAUGACGGUACCAGUAAUGGCACUGGUCGGCUACCCCAGCUGGGCUCAGUGGGCCAGUCUCCCUAUGCCAGUGCUCCCCCGCUCUCCCACACUCCCAACGCUGACUUCCAGCCCCCGUAUUUCCCUCCGCCUUACCAGCCCAUAUACCCCCAGUCCCAAGAUCCCUACUCUCAUGUGAAUGACCCAUACAGUCUCAAUUCCCUCCAUGCCCAACCGCAGCCUCAGCACCCAGGGUGGCCAGGGCAGAGGCAAAGCCAGGAGGCGUCUCUUUUACACUCGCACCGUGGGUUACCCCACCAGCUGUCCGGCCUAGAUCCACGCAGGGAUUACAGGAGACACGAAGAUUUACUGCACGGGCCUCAUGGACUGAGCUCAGGGCUGGGAGAUAUUCCUAUCCACUCCAUACCUCAUUCCAUAGAAGAUGUCUCGCAUGUAGAAGAUCAAGGUAUCAACAUCCCAGAUCAAACUGUAAUUAAGAAAGGGCCUGUAUCAUUGUCUAAAUCCAAUAACAAUGCGGUAUCGUCCCUCUCUCUCAACAAAGACAAUCUCUUCGGUGGAGUACUCAACCCCAAUGAAGUGUUCUGCUCAGUUCCCGGGCGCCUAUCUCUACUAAGCUCAACUUCAAAGUACAAGGUGACAGUGGCAGAAGUACAGAGACGAUUGUCCCCGCCCGAGUGCCUCAAUGCUUCCCUGUUGGGUGGAGUGCUCAGGAGGGCAAAAUCCAAAAACGGAGGGAGGUCACUGAGAGAAAAGCUAGAUAAAAUAGGUUUAAAUCUCCCAGCAGGGAGGCGUAAAGCUGCUAAUGUCACAUUGCUCACUUCAUUAGUGGAAGGGGAGGCUGUCCACUUAGCCCGAGAUUUUGGAUAUGUUUGUGAAACAGAAUUUCCUGCUAAAGCAGUAGCCGAAUAUGUCAACCGACAGCAUUCUGACCCCAACGAACAAGUGACUAGGAAAAACAUGCUGCUGGCUACUAAGCAAAUUUGUAAAGAAUUCACAGACUUGCUGUCUCAGGACAGAUCUCCCCUGGGAAACUCUAGGCCAUCUCCCAUUCUGGAACCAGGUAUCCAGAGCUGUCUGACUCACUUCAACCUCAUCUCUCACGGAUUUGGCAGCCCAGCAGUAUGUGCAGCCAUCACUGCCCUCCAGAAUUAUCUCACAGAAGCACUCAAAGCUAUGGACAAAAUGUACCUCAAUAAUACCAACCCCAACAGCCACACAGACAACAGCAAAGGAGGGGACAAAGAUGAAAAACAUAGAAAAUGAUCUUCAUUCUUACACCCACCAUGAUGUUCUGCCCACUUGGUCCAAGAGAAUACUUUUGCAUUGACAAACCCUGCUCCUGGUAUGGCAGACUGGUCUGCUCUUAAAAAAAAUGAUCCUAAACAUCUUGUUUGUCUCUUUAAUUCACCUUUGGAUUCUUAACAGAACAAUUCUAUGGAUGGAACCAGUAAAAUCGUUCUGUCUUUAGUGUACAACUUUUUGUAAGAGAACAUUUUUUUUUUUAAAGAAACAAGAUAAUGAUAAAAAAAAUUAUAUAUAUAUAUAUAUAAAGAAGAGCCAAUGGACUGAAUCACCACCUUCCCUUACAGUGCUACAGUUUGUGAGGAAGCUGUUUAAAGAAAGCACAGAGGAGAACACUUAUCAGUAUUGUGAAUAAACUUGAACACAAAAUAAUUGCAGUUCCAUGUCAUGUCUUCAAGUUGUACCUUUUUUUUCCUCUAAAGGUAAUUUAAAAACAUUGAACUUUCUUAUUUGGACAACAUUUGCAGUCAAUAUAUAAGGGAAUCAGUGUUUAUGUAUAUAUUUAUUUAUGUGUAAUUUAAUGGGGAUUGUAAAUAUGGUGCGUCUGUUAAAGCUUUUUUUUUUUAAUAUUUAUCUGGUGAUCUCGUUUACCUAUUGUUUAGUGGGUUUUCAAUCUAUCCCCUUAGGUUUUUUUCACGUGGUUCUUAGUACUUAGGAAGCAGAACUUUGGGUUUCUUUCUAUGGGAUUCAUCAUUUUUAGCCCUGUUGUAGCAUGUUAAUACAACAAUGAAGCAGCAGAACAAAUAAAGACAAUAAAAACGAUUUUUUUUUUACAUAAUUUAGUAUUACAACCAGUCUUUUUUUCUCAGAAGGAAACAGAAAAAAGUUCAUGUUAUCAGAAAAAAAUCUUAUAGCUUGGAACCUCCUUAUAUGUUGUAAGAUUGCCAGCCUCAAUUUACCUUUAACCUUUUGAUUGCCAGAGGGGUUGAAUAAGGCCAUCAUACCACUGUUUCACCUCUGACAAUUAAAGGGUAAAUUCAUCUAUACAACAAUUAAAAUUUAGGUUUUUUUAUAUGUAGAAUACACAAAAAGACACUGAAAUUCAAGGGAUAAUCCAAUGGCUAUGCUGGGAUAUGUGGUAAAUGCUUUGUGGUGACUUGUGCUGGCAGGCUCCUCCAUGCCUGUCAAUGUAUUAUAGUCUUUUGUUGCCCAGGUGAAUAAAUAUUUGAUACGUUUUA